AUGGACCGCUAUAUCGCCAAUUGUUUCUAUCGAUUAGCCAAAAUUCCGAAAAAUAAAACCCCUGGGCUUUUACAACCUUUACCCGUACCGGAUCGACAAUGGAGCACCGUCGUCGUAGAUUUUAAAUCAAUGCCCAAAUCGAAAUCGGGAAAUAAUAACCUAUUUGCCGUUCCAUGUAUAAGGACGGCUACCGUAAAAGAUACAGCCAUAAUAUAUUACGAGGGUCUUUACCGCAUUUAUGGUUUACCCACGAAAGUUAUUUCCGACAAAGGUCCGCAAUUCGUAUCAGAUUUGAUCGAUAAAAUGUCCAAGAUCUUGCAGAUUAAAUGGAAGCUUUCGACGGCCGGGCAUUCCCAAACAGCAGGGCAAAUAAAGAUUAUAAACGCCUAUAUCGACUAA